AUCCAAUCCCAAGCUCAUUCCUCUUCUUUUCCGGUUUUUCCAAACCUAGCAAGAGGAAAAAGUCUUCGGGCUUCUCACGCAUCGGCCGAAGCUCACAACUUUAUUAAAGCUCACAGAUCGGUUCUGUUCUUUCCAAUCGAUCACCAUGACGAAGCAGAUGUUAGUGGAUGUUGGCAUACCGUUUCUUCCAGAAGAAAUCAUUGCAAACAUUCUCAAACGAAUCCCUGUCAAAUCCCUAAUCAGAUUCCAAUGUGUCUGUAAACAGUGGAAAAAUCUCUUCCAAACUCCAUCUUUCAUUGCAGACCACCUCCCCCACCAUCGUCACGAUGAUACCCCUUCUCUUCUCUUACAGUCGAAUCACAGAGCUGAUUCUUUGAAGUUAUGUCUUGUCGAUGAAGAGAAUCGAGUCCGUGAAUUUCAGAACCCACCUUUGAUCGAUUCGUUGCGAGAUGCUAACGUAAUCGGCUCUAGUAAUGGCUUGCUUUGUGUUGAAUUCGAUGAAUUUGGUAUGUCUCCUCUUUCCCUCUUGUUGUGGAAUCCAGCUACUAGGGAGGUGAGAAAGAUACCUAGAACUCUCAAGUAUUUUAAAGGGAAAUGCAUUUUAGGAUUUGGGCACUGUCAAAUUAUUAAUGAUUAUAAGAUUGUGAGAGUUUAUGAAUUUGGUCUCGAGGUUAAGAGAGUGGAAGUGUAUUCCUUAAACACAGAUUCAUGGAAGAAAAUAAAAUUUGAGAACUUGAAGGGUAUAAGACUUCUUCAUGAAACUAUCGCCGUUAAUGGUACUAUGUUUUGGCAUGGGUCAGAAAAUUUGAUAGUGUCAUUUGACAUAACAAAAGAAGAGUUUAGAUUGAUACCAAUGCCUCUGAGAUACCCUCAAGCACGUACUGUGCUUACAGUUUAUGAGAACAAACUGGCUAUGUUUUCUAUCAAUGCCACGUACGGUGCCCCUCUAUUGUGGGUGAUGAAGGAGGGCACAGGUGCAUGUAAGGAGGGAUGGAGUUGGACCAAGAAAUAUUAUAUCCCUCUAUACUCAGGUUCAGAGAAGGUUUGGAGGGAUGACAUUAUCUACAACUUCAAUAUUGAAAUAGUGCCUAGACUCCGAAAGCUUAUUGGAUCCGAACUCAUUCAUGAAGCGGAGGAUGGUGGAUUAUCGGAUGUUUUGUUCACGUCCUAUGUAAAUCCUAAUGAAGUUGCUACCUGCAAAUGUGGCCAUGGUCCUCAUAUUUUCAAUCACGUGGAAAGUCUUGCACUAGUUGGACGCCAUAAAUCUUAAUUAUUGCAUUAUAGAUUUACUUUGUUUUGGCACUUUUUGGUUUAGAUCAUUCUGUGUGCAGGGCUUGAUGACCCUUUUCAGAAACUCUGUGAUGGAUUUGUGCAAUUCAU